CCUCUCUGUAACCAAUGGGGAGGGGUGACAGAUGCCAGAAUGGAAUGUUCAGGGCUACCGCCAGCCAAGGGUCUUGCCCCUAUCUUCAGACACCCCCUCAAGCAGGCGAACAGUGGAAGCAGAACCAGCAGGCCCGCUGAGGCAGCAGGGAAUGGGAUGUCUGAACCAACUAGAGGAGUCAAGUGCUUCAUAGCAGGGUCCUAGGUCAUUUGGGUCUGAGUUUGCAGUGCUGGGUCCCGUCCUUGAUGGCAGGGGUCAUAGAGAAAGUGGUCAGUGUAGUUGGCCCACACCGUGGCAGGAGGCGGCUAAGGCUGUCCAUGCUACGUGCAGUGUAGUUCAGGUAUGAGAACUCUCAAACAUGUGGGCAGGGGUAGUGUGCAGAUGCCCACCACGGGGGCUACCAAGAGAGAAACCAGUUCUGAGCACCCAGAGAGCACCCUGCUGUCCCUAGAGGACUUGGCCCAAAUACACCACUCACCCAUAAGUGUCCUUGACAGAGGACAGGGCUACAGCCUGGAAGGGACCCCUGGGGCCUCCUGAUAAAUACCCUCACCCCAGAAAGGGGAGGGAGACCACACCAGAGUGGUGUGACGGAGGCCCUGGAGAAGUGAGCUAUGUCCCUUAUUGGUCACAGUACAUUUAUUUUUCAUUAGCAGUUAAAUGCAGACAUGAGGGAUUGUGCUGGGUUCAGCGGGCGGCUGACGUGAGUAGGGCUUGUCGUGCUGAUCGAUAGAGAGGCGGGAGACUUGAGCGCCCACUCCCUGCCUCACACCCCACGGGGGACCCGUGCCCAUCCAGCUCUGAUCAAAGAGACAGGCCCCAGCUAUGAUGCUGAGCCUCCGCCAGUUAAGGGGAGGUCUGCAGAAGCCGACCCAGACCUGCCCUGAAGACCUGUGGUGGCUCCGCAGGGCCCUGCCUUGAGGCUAGCUUGGCUGUUCAUGUGUGCAGUUCUGGGGCUACUGAGGUGCUGUGGCUUGUCCAAUCUCAUGUCUUGAGAGGCUAGCAUGUCUGCCAGCACUCACUUACAUACACCCACGUUCUAGAGCUGCCUCCUGAGCCCCCAGUCCCCACCCCACUCCCACACCUUUGCUCUCCAGACCUCAGAGGUCUGCAUGCGCCUUAAAAUGCACCAGUGAGCCAGACUCAGACUUCAAGCAUUCCCUAAGCUUGAAGGCUGUGGGUGGAGCUUAAGGGUGGAGCACGUGCUCAGUCUCCAGCACCACCCACCAUCCCAGCCACAGAGAGAGAGAGAAAGAGAGAGAGAGAGAGAGAGAGAGAGAGAGAGAGAGAGAGAGAGAGAGAGAGAGAGAGAAAUUAAGUGGGUCAGAGGGUGGUCUUCCAGAGGGCAGGGUCAGAGCUGGGGUUCUAGGGAAGGGACUUCUGCAUAAGGUCUGGAUUCUCCCCCAUCUGUCCUAUUCUUCCACGUUCCGGGACCUAACAGGCUCGACAGAGGGUGGUCUGGGAAGGGCAACUCCAUUUUCCUUGCCUGCCUGUGUUCUCGCCUUUAUUACAGCGCCGUAAGAAUGUUGGGGGGCGGGGGGGGGGGCUGCAGAAACUCACGGGAGGAAAGAACAGGUUGGCAGACGAGGGGCCAGGGAGGCAGGGGCAAGGGAGACUUAAAAGAAGGAACGAGGUCUGGAGGAAGGGCAGAGGACCGUGCUAACAGCCUCCACCUUCCUGAGGAGGCUGUUCAGAGCAGCCUGCCUCUUUAGGCAGAACCUCCACAAACCACUGGAGUGACCCCAUCUCACAGAUGCAAAGUCAGUGACUUCACCUAACUUCCCAAGGUCACCCGUACCGGGGAACAGAACACACUUCCUGGGAGUGACCCCACUUUCUAUGCCUAGAGGCCCCAUUGAUGUGUGUGUUGGUGGGAAGUUGCUGCAACUUUGAGGGCUGGUCAGGCCAGCUGGGGCUGCUCAGUGAUCGGCAUUCCCCACCCUUUGGGGCAGGGGUCCUGCUGGUAGACAGACAUCUCAGACUGCUCUGGGGGUUUACCUCCACCCAUGCCUCAGAGCCAAUUACCCGUGUAAUUAGUAACAAAUGACCUGUGGGCUGGUGGUGGGUUUGAGUUAAAAUUAGAAGGAAACCCAUAUUCGGGUCUCCUGGAGUGGCUGGGAAGUGGCUCAGGGCCUGGAACUUCCAGGAAGACUCUUCCGGCAUCCACCCUAACAUGCCCCCCAUUAUCCUCACCAACCCUUUCCCUCAGUCCAUCCCCUUGUUACCAUACAAAAUUCCAUCCCGGGUACAUUCCCCUGCCUCUCUCCACUCACCUGGUACUUUAAUGGCACCUAUCUGACUUGCCAGGGCCCUCCACCUUCACCUAGACCUGCUGGGACACGGGCAUGCAGGGCCAAAUCCCAAAACUUCUCCUAGGAGAAUAUGGGGUUUUCACUACUGUCUUUUAUGUCCAAGGCUCCGUGAGUGCUGAUACCUGCCUUAGCCACCCUGGGCCACCCUUGUCUUCAGAAGGUCAUGGGCCCUUUCUUACACUGACUUGCAGAUAAGGACACAGGCUAGGAAAUGUUUUCAGUGGCUCAGCCUGCACUUAGUUAUUCCCUUGGUCCCACCCAAAGCCAGGCUUUUGCUACGCCAGCUGCCUCGGCCGGUCUCAGGAAGGCCCGACUUACCUCCUCCCGUCCUCCUCCCACAGGUGCCCAGCAGAGUGCCACAGUGGCCAGUCCAGUGCCUGGUGGCAGCCCAGAUCUGCUUCCCCACUUCCUGGUGGAGCCCGAGGACGUGUACAUUGUGAAGAAUAAGCCCGUGCUGCUGGUGUGUAAGGCUGUGCCCGCCACCCAGAUCUUCUUCAAGUGCAAUGGGGAGUGGGUACGCCAGGUGGAUCACGUGAUCGAGCGCAGCACUGACAGCAGCAGCGGGCUGCCGACCAUGGAGGUUCGUAUCAAUGUCUCGAGGCAGCAGGUAGAGAAAGUGUUCGGGCUGGAGGAAUACUGGUGCCAGUGCGUGGCGUGGAGCUCCUCGGGUACUACCAAAAGUCAGAAGGCCUACAUCCGGAUUGCCUAUUUGCGCAAGAACUUUGAACAGGAGCCACUGGCCAAAGAAGUAUCACUGGAGCAGGGCAUUGUACUGCCCUGUCGCCCCCCAGAAGGCAUCCCCCCAGCUGAGGUGGAGUGGCUUCGAAAUGAGGACCUCGUGGAUCCCUCCCUUGACCCCAAUGUGUACAUCACACGGGAGCACAGCCUAGUGGUGCGGCAGGCCCGCCUGGCCGACACUGCCAACUACACCUGCGUGGCCAAGAACAUCGUGGCCCGACGCCGCAGUGCCUCUGCUGCUGUCGUUGUCUAUGUGGAUGGGAGCUGGAGUCCAUGGAGUAAGUGGUCAGCCUGUGGGCUUGACUGCACCCACUGGCGGAGCCGCGAGUGCUCUGACCCAGCACCCCGGAAUGGAGGUGAGGAGUGUCGGGGUGCCGACCUGGAUACCCGCAACUGUACCAGUGACCUCUGCAUGCACACUGCUUCCGGCCCCGAGGACGUGGCCCUCUACAUCGGCCUCGUGGCCGUGGCUGUGUGCCUCAUCUUGCUGCUGCUUGUCCUCGUCCUCAUUUAUUGCCGCAAGAAGGAAGGACUGGACUCAGACGUGGCCGACUCGUCCAUCCUCACCUCAGGCUUCCAGCCUGUCAGCAUCAAGCCCAACAAAGCAGGUGAGGGGGCCCCUCCCCCUGCUCUCCUGCCUGAGCCCCCAAGCAGGGGCUGCCGAGGAAGAAUCCCGCUGAGCCACCAGCUAACUCCAUCUUAUCUCAUAGACAGCCCCCAUCUGCUCACCAUCCAGCCAGACCUCAGCACCACCACCACUACCUACCAGGGCAGUCUGUGUCCCCGGCAGGAUGGGCCCAGCCCCAAGUUCCAGCUCUCCAAUGGUCACCUGCUCAGUCCCCUGGGUGGUGGCCGCCACACUCUGCACCACAGCUCACCCACCUCUGAGGCGGAGGACUUCGUCUCCCGCCUCUCCACCCAAAACUACUUUCGUUCCCUGCCUCGUGGCACCAGCAACAUGGCCUACGGGACCUUCAACUUCCUCGGGGGCCGGCUGAUGAUCCCUAAUACAGGAAUCAGCCUCCUCAUUCCCCCAGACGCCAUCCCCCGAGGAAAGAUCUACGAGAUCUACCUCACACUGCACAAGCCAGAAGACGUGAGGUUGCCCCUAGCUGGCUGUCAGACCCUGCUGAGUCCCAUCGUUAGCUGUGGGCCUCCAGGAGUCCUGCUCACACGGCCAGUCAUCCUUGCCAUGGACCACUGCGGAGAGCCCAGCUCUGACAGCUGGAGCCUGCACCUCAAAAAGCAGUCCUGCGAGGGCAGCUGGGAGGAUGUGCUGCACCUUGGUGAGGAGUCGCCCUCCAACCUCUACUACUGCCAGCUGGAGGCCGGUGCCUGCUAUGUCUUCACUGAGCAGCUAGGCCGCUUUGCCCUGGUGGGAGAGGCCCUCAGUGUGGCUGCCACCAAGCGCCUCAAGCUCCUCCUGUUUGCUCCCGUGGCCUGCACGUCCCUCGAGUACAACAUCCGUGUGUACUGCCUGCACGACACCCAUGAUGCACUCAAGGAGGUGGUGCAGUUGGAGAAGCAGCUGGGUGGACAGCUGAUCCAGGAGCCUCGUGUCCUGCACUUCAAAGACAGUUACCACAACCUACGCCUGUCCAUCCACGAUGUGCCCAGCUCCCUGUGGAAGAGCAAGCUCCUGGUCAGCUACCAGGAGAUCCCUUUCUACCACAUCUGGAAUGGCACCCAGCAGUAUCUGCACUGCACCUUCACCCUGGAGCGCGUCAACCCCAGCACCAGUGACCUGGCCUGCAAGGUGUGGGUGUGGCAGGUGGAAGGCGACGGGCAGAGCUUCAGCAUCAACUUUAACAUCACCAAGGACACGAGGUUUGCUGAACUGCUGGCUCUGGAGAGUGAAGGGGGGGUCCCUGCCCUGGUGGGCCCCAGUGCCUUCAAGAUCCCCUUCCUCAUUCGGCAAAAGAUCAUUACCAGCCUGGACCCACCCUGCAGCCGGGGUGCCGACUGGCGGACUCUAGCCCAGAAACUUCACCUGGACAGCCAUCUUAGCUUCUUUGCCUCCAAACCCAGUCCCACGGCCAUGAUCCUCAACCUAUGGGAGGCACGGCACUUCCCCAACGGCAACCUCGGCCAGCUGGCAGCAGCUGUGGCUGGACUGGGCCAGCCAGACGCUGGCCUCUUCACAGUGUCAGAGGCCGAAUGCUGAGACUAGCCAGG